AUGGGGUCAAAUAUUGAAGGCACUCAAGCGCAAUUCAGAUCCGGAAAUGGCGGGUUUAAACAGAGUGAAAUGGGCUUCGGUCUCGAGGAAUUCCCCGGCCUCGUAUCCGUACCGCCCCCGCCGCGAACAGAGACCGGCAGCUCAUUCAAGGCCCUCCUCGAACUUCCGGCGCCACAAGCUGUUGAGCUCCUAGUCAACUCCCCUGACGCCGCCGCAAAUGAAGAAUCCCGUCCGAAACCCAGUACCACUGGCUCCGGAGAGGUUCCCUCUCACUUUCAUCCGCCACCACCGAUUUUCCCUUCUGACAUUGGCUUAAUUGUCAGAGCUUCGAAAUUCUCCGUGUUUGCUUCGGCUGAAAAUUCAAAUAACUCAAUCUUGUUCAAUUCCAACUCGAAGAAGUUCGAUAUAGUGAAGCAAGAGCCAUCGGGCUCGGAUUCAAACCCAAAUUCUUCUUCGCUGGCGGCUUCAGAUCAGAAUCCGAAUUCCACCAAGAGGAAGGAGAGGGAGAAAAAGGUUAAAGAAUCCAAUAGAAAAAGCAAAAAAGUUAUACCAUAUAAGGCCUCUGAAGAUGGUGGUGAGAAGCUGCCAUACGUGCAUGUCAGAGCUCGCCGUGGCCAAGCCACCGAUAGCCAUAGCUUAGCUGAAAGAGCAAGAAGAGAGAAGAUUAAUGAAAGAAUGAAACUUUUACAAGAACUGGUCCCAGGAUGUAAUAAGAUCUCAGGUACUGCAAUGGUGCUGGAUGAGAUAAUAAACCAUGUGCAAGCACUUCAACGACAAGUGGAGUUUUUGUCCAUGAGACUUGCUGCUGUUAACCCAAGAAUUGAUUACAACCUCGAUGCCCUUUUGGCUGCUGAAAGUGGAUCCCCAGUUGAUGGUAGCAUUGCUGGCAUGUUUACACCAUCAAUGUGGCCAGAUGCACAACAUAAUGGGAACAGACAGCAUUAUAAUCAGAUGUGGCAUUUUGAUGGGCUUCAUCAGCCAGUCUUGGGAAGAGAAGAAGACAAUCCUAACUUCAUUACUCCAGAAAACUCGCUUAUAAGUUAUGAUUCUUCUGCAAAUUCAGCUGAAAAUGGUGUAAAUGGAGGCACGAGCUUUACGAAUAGUCUUCGUGAGAGGCUAAGAAUUGAGAUUCCUGAAGAAAGUGAAAAUGUUUCUAUCUUUAAGGUCCCUGGAAAUCUUCGUCAAGUCGAGGCAAAAGCUUACGAACCUAAUAUUAUCUCGAUUGGGCCUUACCAUCACGGAAAAUCACAUUUGCAGGCAAUGGAAAAGGUUAAAUGGCAGUUCUUUCGUCAGAUUUUUGGCCCGAGCAGCCAGGGAAGUGAAGAGAAACUAGAAGGUGUGAUUGAGGCCAUGAAGGGAUUUGAACCCGAGGCUCGGAGUUACUAUUCAGAAGAUGUGAAGAUGAGCAGAAAGAAGUUUGUUGAGAUGAUGAUCAUUGAUGGAUGCUUCAUUGUGGAGCUCUUCAGGGACCUGGAAAAGUCGGAAGGAAAAUACGAGCCUGAUGGAGAGAAAAUCGAGCUGGAAAGGAAACUGGCCUCGGAAGGAAAAUAUGAGCCUGAUGGAGAGAAACUGGCCCUGGAAAAGUCGGAAGGAAAAUAUGAGCUUGAUGGAUUGGAAAGAAAACCGGCCCCGGAUAAGUGUGACGGAAAAUACGAGCCUGAUAGAGAGAAAUUGGAGCUGGAAACGAAACCGGCACUGGAAAAGCCUGUAUUUGCACAUGGACAGAGAUUUCUGAAGAGAUGGAUGCUGCCAAUUUUGCGAAAUGAUCUUAUUAUGCUUGAAAAUCAGCUUCCAUUACCGGUUAUGUGCAAAUUAUUCGAGUUAACGAAUAGUAUACGAGCAACAUCUUCAUGUUCUUCAAUGGAGAAACUUGCUCUUAAAUUCUUCAGUCCACUGAUGCCUGGAGCUGCUAAAAGUCCUCAACAAAGUGAUUCAGACAAUAGGGCAAAUGAUGCAAAACACUUUCUUGAUCUCUUCCGGUCAAGCAUUUUGCCAAAAGAGAUUAAACGUGAAAAAGAACCGUAUCAAUUCCGUUCAAUGGUCGAGCUAAAAGAGGCUGGGAUUAAAAUCAGGACAAGAUCAGAAAACAGAAAACCUCUACACAUAAAAUUCGAAUCAGGAGUUCUGAAAAUCCCUCCAUUUCGCAUCAAUGAUUACCGGUGCACUCUAUAUCGAAACAUGGUUGCUUUUGAACAAUGCUACAAGGCCAGUCAACCAGACGUGACAAGGUACUUGUUUUUCCUUGACGGGCUUAUCAAUUCAGCCAAAGAUAUAGAACUUCUACACUACGCGGGCGUGCUGCAGCAUUCUCUCGGUAGCAACGAACAUGUGGCUCGAACUGUCAACAAGCUUUGCAGAGAAAUCUCCCGGGACGUUGAGGACUCGUACUUGAGUGAUGUUGUAAGAAGCCUCGAAGAAUACUGUAAUGAGCCCUGGCAUAGAUAUAGAGCUAUUCUCGUCCACAACUAUUUUACCAACUUGUGGGUGACAGUUUCGACUGGGAUUGCUGCAAUCCUCGUCUAUUUUGCCGUGCUUCAGACAUGUUGUGACUUAGCAGGAAGUCAUGAUUCACUACAUAAAUCUGGUUUUUGGACAUUAGUUGUUAAGUCUUUCAUUAUUCCCUUUUCACACUCACUAACUGUACCUGGACUUGUUUCACAGUUUGAUGACUUCCAGGAAUUCAUAUGGCUUUAUUGUUAA